UAUAUUUAUUUUUUGAGUUUGUUGUUGCCUGUGUUUCUAUGGAGUCCCGUGGCCUUGGCACUCAGUUUGUCCCAAGCCACACCAUGCACCACUCUGCCCUUCAGACACACAGAGGCACUUUCAUCCAGAGCACAAUGCCGACUGAAUGAGGGAGGAGGGUGAGAGGGUGCAGCCACGGGGUACAAAGGCGUUGGGUGGAGUAACAGAAAUGGGGGUAAAAACUGGAAAAACUGUGUUCGAGUCAUCAGAAGAGGUUUAAUGUGGGGGUUUGUCCCGCUUUGGUCGUCCUGGCUACAUGUGCAGGGUUGAAGGUUAUUCUGAGCACACAGUGACCCCUUUUUUCUGCCCCCUUUUUACUGCUUUCUCCCAUGUGUGAGAGUCGAGCAACGGCCAGUGCUGUAUCUGCUCAGUAUGAUUCUUGCGUCUGUGAAUGCUGGCUGUGGUCAUGUGUCAUGUGCUGUGCAUAUUAAGCCAGUCCGUCUCCAGUGUAAACACACUGUCUGAAUGUGUGGGAUUUACAGAGUGGUGUGGCUGUCUGCCUUCAUUUAAAUAUCGGAGGCCUGACAAAUGCAGUGAUUUACAGCCUGCGCUUGUUCUUCCUGAACAGAUGUGUAUAGUUAUUACUGAAUUCUGCACGUGAAUUUUUAUAUGUAUUGUAUGUAUCGCGAAUCUCCCAAACCAGUUUUUAUUACUUUGUAUAGUUUGUAUAAGAAUAGGGGUGAGAAUAUCUACAAUACUGCAGUUUUACUGAUCAAAACUCUCAUUAAUUUUAUUUGUGAUGUUUCAGUCAGCUUCAGGUCUGCUAUAGGCAAAUAGCCUUAGUACAAAACCUGGAGCAAAGCUGUUGGAAUUGCAUUGUGUGUUUUUUGUUCAUAUGUUUAAUGAAGCCAUGCUAAAUUUUUACCUUCAUGUUAUGAAAGUUGUCUGAGUUACAGACCCAUAGAGGUAUGUGAGAAUUUUGUGCUUUUUAAAUUGUUUUAUGCAUUUAUUUACUAAUUAAUUUUUGAGGCUUCAAAACAUUACAGUAGGUAUCGUUGUGAAAGUUUCAGAGUGAAAACACAUUAAAGCUCUGUUUAAAAACUGCAGCCAAAUCAGUUUCACAACCACUUCAAGUGUCGUGUAAUGCUUGGAAAAAAUAACGCAAACGCAUAUUAUAAAGUACAAAAAUGUCCACCCCUAUAAUUUGAGGGGUUGUAACUUAAUAUACCUAAUAUACUAAUGUUAUUGUACAGUGGGAUUUUUUUAAAAAAAUUCAAUUUCAAUUGUUUUGUUUAUUUAAUAAUUGAUUUCAUAUGGAGCAACCCAAAGGGUUACCUAGUGGAAAGCAAAGCUCUGGCCAGGAUCUUGCUGACUUGAUGACAUAUCAACUCUGCAGAGUUGGCAUUAGAUAAUGGACAGAAAGAUGAAGUCAUAAAAGAGGAAUAAUUGUUGGAUGAGUAUGUCCACAUCCCUUAAAUACCAAACAAGCACAGAUUUUUAAAGAUACGUGGAGGCAAGUGAUUAUUACAAUCUGAAACCUCUUUUGGACUGUGCCAGAUAAAUGGUUAAAAGCUAUUUCCCAAAAUUAAGUUUCUGUUUGAAACAGCUCUCUGUUGUAAAUGAGACACUGAAUUUUGAUGGGAUUAUCUGUAUAAUUAAAUACAUUCCCCCCCCCUUACAACAGUCUCAAAAUGUUCCAGUUCUAACUUGAGAUAAUUCAUAAUGAGUCAUUUCAUCUAAUCAAUUUUCAGUGAAAUAAAUAUAUAGAUGUGCAUAUCUUAUGACCUCAGAUCAGAUGUUUAGACACAGGUUAAACCUGCUGACACGAGCCAAAACACUUCUUGGAUUUGGUGAUCAGGUGUUGUGAAUGAGACUUAGAUUGAAAUUACAAACCUAUUUCAAAUGACAUAAUGGUGCAUGAAGAAACCUGAAAGUGGAACUUAAUUUUACAGUUGGCUUAUUUACUGGCGUUGUGUCUGGAAGUACAGUUGUAAUCUUGGGUCCAUUACUGGUGAGAACGAGGGGCUACCAUCUGACAGCAGCUUCCUAUAAGUAGGUCAAAUGCUGGUUGAGUGAGCAUUCAUCAGGCCUGCCUCAUGUGGUUUGAUUUGGAGAUGAGUUACCUGAAGGACAUGAGUCCUCUGCUGGACAAAGGUGUUUAUCAAUGGCCGCGAUAAAAAGAUAAAAGAUAGAAAUAAGAAGAGGGAGGGAACAUGUGCAAGUGGGAUGAGAAGGCGAGACACUGAGGGGGGAGGAGCAGCGCUGUCUGCUGUUAGCCACACAGCCCCUCCCCCUCUGACGAGUACGUGUGUGUCUGUGUAUGAGAGGGAGGUUAUGUAAAGGGUAACUGAAUCUCGUUGCUGUCUGUCACACAAACUGGCCCAUUUGACUCUCUCUCCUGCUCAUACAGACACACAAAGACGCUUCCUGGAAAUUUACUGUUACAGACGAUAUUUGCUCGUUUUGAUGAAGCCUUGAAUUCAGGCAACAUGGCUCUCAGCCCGAGUCACGAUCGUAGUUUUGAUGAUGACGACAGUGUGGAUGGAAGUCGCUCUUCCUCGGCCCAAGCUGCCUUCAAGGUUCCCAAAGUUCCCAAAAAGCCUGCAGAGUCGUCCGCUGCUCGCAGGCCCAGCGCUACUGGUGGCAAGCUAGUGUCCAAGGAAAGUGCCGGGGCAGUUGAUGAAGAGGAUUUCAUAAAAGCCUUUACAGAUGUCCCUACUGUCCAGAUCUACUCAACAAGAGAUCUUGAUGACAACCUGAAUAAGAUCCGUGAGAUUUGCUCUGAUGACAAACACGACUGGGACCAGAGAGCCAACGCUCUUAAGAAAAUUCGCUCCCUGCUAGUGGCAGGCGCGGCCAGCUACGACUGCUUCUACCAGCACCUACGGCUACUAGAUGGAGCUUUCAAACUGUCCGCUAAAGACCUGCGCUCACAAGUGGUCCGAGAGGCCUGUAUCACUGUGGCCCACCUCUCAUCAGUGCUGGGGAAUAAAUUUGACCACGGAGCGGAAGCCAUCGUUCCCGUCCUGUUUAACCUCAUUCCCAACUGUGCCAAAGUCAUGGCCACCUCUGGUGUCUCUGCUAUCCGAAUCAUCAUACGGCACACCCACGUUCCUAGACUCAUCCCCCUGAUAACCAGUAACUGCACAUCCAAGUCUGUAGCAGUGAGAAGGCGCUGUUAUGAUUUCUUGGACCUUCUGCUACAGGAAUGGCAGACCCACUCACUAGAAAGACACACUGCAGUCCUGGUUGAGAGCAUCAAAAAAGGAAUUCGAGAUGCCGACUCAGAGGCCAGAGUGGAGGCUCGCAAGGCUUACUGGGGUCUGAGGAACCAUUUUCCAGCAGAAACUGAAGCUCUUUACAACUCCUUAGAGCCUUCAUACCAAAGGACCCUCCAGUCCUGCCUGAAGAGCUCUGGCAGCGUGGCCUCACUUCCCCAGAGUGACCGCUCCUCAUCUUCAUCUCAAGAGAGCCUCAAUCGGCCUCUGACUUCUAAAUGGUCAGCAGCACCGGGGCGAGUCCCUGCGGGUUCAAAGGGUGGGGUGUCAUCGACCUCCCUGCAGCGUUCCCGUAGCGACGUGGAUGUUAACGCAGCAGCAGUUGCUAAAUACCGGCACGUCGGACAAACCGGGGGAGCGGGCCGUCUGCCCCCGGGGUCCUACUCCUCACUGGAUGAUGCCUCUGAUAAAACGGAUGGAACCAAAUCAGACAAUGGUCGUGUGCGUACCAAGCAGCCUUUGUCUACUGCCAGCACCGUGUCGAGUCAGGUGGACUCGAGAGGACGCAGCCGCACCAAGAUGGUGUCCCAGUCGCAACGUUCCGACGAAUCCGAUUGCACACCAGGAUCUCAGUCUGCUACCCCUGUCGGUGCUGGUAGUCGGAGCGGCUCCCCUGGUCGCGUGCUGACGAGCACGACCCUGAGCACCAUGAGCACCGGGGCUCACAGGGUGCUGGCUGGAUCCACCGGGGAUGGACACAGACGCAGCCGCAUCCCCCGCAGCCAGGGCUGCUCCAGAGACUCCUCACCCACCCGCCUGUCUGUGGCUCCUUCUAGCAUUAGUUCCAUCUACAACGGAGCAAGCAGAGGAGCUCGGGGCAGUCGUAUCCCGCGGCCCAGUAUGAGUCAGGGCUGCAGCAGAGAGGCCAGCAGAGAGAGCAGCCGGGACACCAGCCCCGUACGCUCCUUCACACCUCUUGCAACGCGGAGCUACUCUCGCUCCACCGGAGCUCUUCACACACCUGAUGCUUUUGGGGCUGCAGGAUCAGGUUUUGGAAUCAGUCAGUCAAGCCGUCUCUCUUCUUCAGUCAGCGCUAUGAGGGUCCUGAACACUGGUUCAGAUGUAGAAGAGGCUCUCGCAGAUGCACUGCUGUUGGGAGACAUGAGAUCCAAGAAGAAGCCAGCACGGCGACGGUAUGAGAAUUACGGCAUGUACUCUGACGACGAUGCCAACAGCGAUGCAUCCAGCGCCUGUUCAGAGAGAUCCUAUAGCUCCAGAAACGGAGGGGCCAUCCCCACCUACAUGAGACAAACAGAAGAUGUAGCUGAGGUGCUCAAUCGUUGUGCCAGUGCCAACUGGUCUGAGAGGAAGGAGGGUCUACUGGGCCUUCAGGCUUUGCUUAAAAACCAGCGCACCCUGAGUCGGGUUGAGUUGAAGAGGCUCUGUGAAAUUUUCACCAGGAUGUUUGCUGACCCUCACAGUAAGCGAGACUCCGGCAGGGUGUACGGCACGGCAGAAUCCGGUAUAAGCUCAGCCUCCUUCAAGAGAGUGUUCAGUAUGUUCCUGGAGACACUGGUAGAUUUCAUCCAGGUCCAUAAGGACGAUCUGCAGGACUGGUUGUUUGUCCUGCUUACACAGCUUCUGAAGAAGAUGGGAGCGGACCUGCUGGGAUCCGUUCAGGCUAAAGUUCAGAGAGCCCUGGAUGUCACAAGAGAAUGUUUUCCCAACGACCUCCAGUUUACCAUUCUCAUGAGGUUCACUGUGGACCAAACACAGACGCCCAACCUCAAGGUGAAGGUGGCUAUUCUGAAGUACAUCGAGACACUGACAUUACAAAUGGAAGCUCCAGACUUUGUGAACUCUAGCGAGACUCGGCUGGCUGUUUCCCGCAUCAUCACCUGGACGACUGAACCCAAGAGCUCAGACGUCAGAAAGGCAGCCCAGUCGGUGCUAAUUGCCCUGUUCCAGCUCAACACUCCAGAGUUCACCAUGCUGCUGGCAGCUCUGCCCAAAACCUUCCAGGAUGGAGCCACCAAGCUACUUCAAAACCACCUGAAGAACACAGGCAAUGCUGCACAGGCACCAAUGGGCAGCCCUAUGACACGUCACACCCCCCGAUCUCCAGCCAGCUGGUCUAGUCCAGUCACUUCGCCCACUAACACAUCCCAGAACACCCUCUCACCAAGUGCUUUUGACUAUGACACAGAAAACAUGAACUCAGAGGACAUCUACAGCUCACUGAAAGGUGUCACAGAGGCGAUCCAAAACUUCAGCGUUCGCAGCCAAGAAGACAUGAAUGAACCCGUCCAGCGGCGAGAAGGAGAGGAGGGGGGCAGCGGGACAGAUGGCAGACUGUCAGAUAUGGGCGACGGCGGGCGUAUGGCUCUGGACAAUAAAACGUCUCUUCUCAACACCCCCCUGCUCUCCUCCAGCCCCCGAGUAUCCCGCGAAUACUUGUCCGACUCUCCCUUCAAACACAGCCGCAAAGACACCAGCCUGGACGACUCGGAGCUUCAAACUGAUGAUAGCAACUUGGAUCAGUCGGAGCUGGUGGCCGAGCUCCUCAAGGAGUUAUCCAAUCACAACGAGCGCAUAGAAGAGAGGAAAGCAGCGCUGUGUGAGCUGCAGAAACUGAUACGCGAAAACACCCUGCAGGUGUGGGACGAACACUUCAAGACCAUCCUGCUGCUCCUGCUCGAGACGAUGGGCGACAGAGAGCAUGUGAUCCGAACGCUGGCUCUGCGGGUGCUGAGGGAGAUUCUCAGCAAGCAGCCCUGGAGGUUUAAGAACUACGCAGAGCUCACCAUCAUGAAGGCCCUGGAGUCUCAUAAAGACCCUCACAAGGAGGUGGUUCGAGCAGCUGAGGAGACGGCAGCCAUGUUGGCGUUGUCCAUCAGUCCAGACCAGUGUAUCAAGGUGUUGUGCCCCAUUAUCCAGUCAGCUGAUUACCCAAUCAACCUGGCCGCCAUCAAGAUGCAGACCAAAGUGGUGGAGAGGAUUCCCCGCGAAGGCCUGAUUAGCCUGCUGCCCGAGAUUGUACCAGGACUCAUACAGGGUUACGACAACUCUGAGAGCAGCGUGAGGAAAGCCUGUGUGUUCUGCCUGGUGGCCAUCUAUUCAGUGAUAGGAGAGGACCUCAAACCGCACCUCAGCCAACUGUCCAGCAGCAAGCUGAAGCUGUUGAAUCUGUACAUCAAGCGCGCCCAGUCCGGCACCACCGGCAACGAACCCUCAACCGAGGGCCUAUAGGAUACAGAGCGCCAUCCCACAGGGCAACUACAGAACUGCAGCUAUGCCCACCCAACAUAAACCAUCUGUUCAUGAGAACACAGCAACACAGACUGAGAACAAAGCAUUCACAGGAGCAAACUACAUACACCACACACACACAGCUGUUAGGUACACACAGUCAUCACACGUGCAGAGGAGAGUUGUAGUUCUGCUCGCCAUUUCUUAGGAUCCCUUCUGACUGAACUGAACCCUCAAACUCGGAUUAAACUUAAACAGACAUGCAGUCACACCCUCCACAGGUUUGUCACUACUCACUCAAGGAUGAAGAUAUUAAACGCCCGUCCUGUCCGCUCCGCUCCAUAUCCACAGCACAGUCCCUCUGAACAGCAUCUCGAGGUCAACAGGAAGUGGUGCAUCUGCAUGGUUCUCAUUUCCCUGGGCGGUAAUAUUCCUCCAACGGUGCUGUCUCCUCGUUUCCUUCUCGAACACUCAUUAACUUGAGGGAGGGGGGUGCCAGGUAGACGGGAAUGUAAUUUUACAUUGUGUCAUAGUUUGGAUUUCUUUUACGCAGGGAGGUUUUACUGCAGUGGUUUUUAAUACCCGGAGUUUUCUCUCUCACUCAGACGUCAACACGUGUUUCAAAAAGGUGCUGAUGAGCCUAAACGGUACGACCGGCCGACCCCAGCACACGCAGCACUAACACGAGUCAAAGUGGGUCCUGCCUGCUCAUAGCAAAUACAGUACAUACAGAUUCCAAAGUUUAGGAGGCGUUAUGUGCUUGGCUAUGCAUGAGACGAAAUUUAAAAGAUUAAUAACUUUUUAUUAGGGUCUGUUGUCAGAGUGCUCUGACUGGGGUUUUAAAUUAAUGUGAACAGUGUCUGCCCCUUUCAGAUAAAUCCAUGAUGUCCUCCAUUUCUCCAAUCUCGCAUCAGUUCUGGGCAAGACGUGGAGAAAGAUGGCUGCUUACUACAUGAAGUAUGACAGGACAUGGCUUAUUAUCACAUAGUGGAUAUGUAUCUAUAUAUGAUAUUAAAAUGGAGUAUCCAAAUAACAGUGUCAUUCAGGGGAGUUCCCCAGAGGGGGGGUGCACGCGCGCACCUGUGCCCAUCCUUGUUUUAUUUUUAUUUUUUUUCCCUCUCUCUCACACACUUAUUUUGUUUAUCUCUGCUGAGAAAUUUGUAGAAAUUUAUUAUUUACAGCUCUGGGAAAAAAGAAACAAGUCAUGUGUCACUUUUCUCCUGUUCGUGUCUUUCUUUCCUUCCUCUUCUUGUAACAUUCUAGUUUUCACUGUUGUUUCCUCUGUGCAUUUACAAAGCUGUGCUUACAAUAAAAUAAAGAACUUGUACAGAUCA